AUGGCCAGCACUUCCCAAAGUCGUUUCCAUGAGGAUCUACGCGAUGAUGAAUCGAUCCUUGAUGACGACCUGAUUGAGGCCGAUGAUGCCAUCGAAGCCGAUGACCCUCUUCACACUUCCGAUACCGCUCCGCUAAGAGGCAACAUCCAGUCCGAACCCUCCAGUUCGAGCAGAGGAGGUUUCGGAAGCAAUCUAUCCAGCAAUUACCUGACAUCGACCAUCCCGGGAGAGGACCGCCGCGCAACGCAGAACACCAUCGAUGAAACCGUGUGGGAGACGCUCUCACGCGACCUGCGAGCGGUAUGGGAGAAGCUGCGCCAAGUGCUGUGGCCCAAGUACCUGAUGGGAGGUAUGCUGCAGCGCGGCGGAGGAGGCAUCGGGGCCGCCGAGAGAGGCGAAGCGACCGGGUUCGGUGGCGGACUCAGAGGCCUUGUAGGACGCUGGCCGGAUGCCGACGUGGUCUUGCAGGGUGGAAUGAGUGAGGGUCUGCGUGACUGGGAUCUUUGGGGUCCGCUUAUUUUCUGCUUGCUGCUGAGCAUGUUCCUAUCGAUGCGCGCAAAGGAUGACCAGUCAUCCCUCGUCUUCUCGGGUGUCUUCUCCAUAGUUUGGAUUGGAGAGGCUGUUGUGACCUUGCAGAUCAAGUUGCUUGGCGGGAAUAUUUCGUUCUUUCAAUCUGUUUGCAUCAUCGGCUACACUCUGUUCCCUCUGGUCAUCGCUGCUAUGCUCAGCGCAUUGGGUCUUCCGACCAUUGCCCGGAUACCGGUGUACCUAGCGCUCAUUGCAUGGUCCUUGGCUGCAGGUGUGAGCAUCUUGGGUGGUUCCGGUGUGAUCAAGAACCGGGUAGGCAUUGCGGUCUAUCCGCUGUUCGUAUUCUACAUCGCGAUCGGCUGUCUUUGUUUUAUCAGUUAG